AUGGCGCUGGGCGAGGGUAUGGUGGACGAGAUGCCAAACCUUUCCUGGGAAUAUAUGAACGGCAGCUUAUUGGGGAACGCAAGCAGAAUUAACGAAUCCCUGGUGAACCGGACCGAGAGCGGACCUCCGCCCUUCCUGACCGACGCCUGGCUCGUGCCCCUCUUCUUCGCCUUGAUCAUGUUGGUGGGGCUGAUUGGGAACUCUCUGGUCAUCUAUGUCAUAUCGAAGCACCGGCAGAUGCGUACGGCGACCAACUUCUACAUCGCUAACUUGGCGUCCACUGACAUUAUGUUCCUAGUGUGCUGCGUCCCUUUCACCGCCACCCUCUACCUAUACAAAUACGUGACAGUUCAGGCCACGUGUAUCACGCUGACAGCGAUGAGCGCCGACCGAUGUUACGCCACAUUGUAUCCACUGCGGUCGCUGCGGCAUCGCACCCCGAGGGUGGCCAUGAUUGUCAGCAUCUGCAUCUGGAUAGGCUCCCUCCUGCUCUCCACCCCAAUCAUUCCCUACCAGAAGAUCCAGGAAGGUUACUGGUACGGCCCGCGCACAUACUGCAUCGAGCAGUUCCCCUCGGACGCCAUGAAGAAGGCCUGCAUCCUCUACCAGUUUCUGGCCGUCUACCUGCUGCCCCUGCUCACCAUCUGCCUCUGCUACUCCCUGAUGCUGAAGAGAGUGGGCCGGCCCGUGGUGGAGCCCAUGGACAAUAAUUACCAGGUGCAGCUCCUGUCGGAGAGGACCAUCGCCAUGAGGAGCAAGAUCUCGAAGAUGGUGAUCGUCAUCGUCCUGCUCUUCACCAUCUGCUGGGGCCCCAUCCAGCUCUUCAGCCUGUUCCAGGGCUUUUACCCGGGGUUCCAGGCCAACUACGCCACCUACAAGAUCAAGACCUGGGCCAACUGCAUGUCCUACGCCAACUCCUCCAUCAACCCCAUCGUCUACGGCUUUAUGGGCGCCAGCUUCAGGAAGUCCUUCAAGAAGGCCUUCCCCUUCAUGUUCCGCAAUAAAGUCAGGGAUGGCAGCAUCACCUCCGGCACGGUGAACAACGAGAUGAAGUUCGUGGCCAUGGAGUCCACAAACAAUGAACUCAAGUAAAGGUGGAGGGCGAUCUAUCUCUCUCUGCAUGGAC